AUGCCGCUUGGAUUCUUUGAAGCUAAGUCUGACUCCUCCUUAUUCCUCUAUCAUACAUCUACAAUCACUGCAUUUAUCCUUGUGUACGUAGAUGAUAUUAUCUUUAUGGGAAACUCAACCUCACAUCUGUCUAUAAUCAUUUCUCGCCUACAAGACAACUUCCCACUUAAAGACCUUGGACAACUCCAUUAUUUUCUCGGUGUUGAAGCUUCUCGCUCAUCUGAUGGGCUCUUUCUGAGUCAGUCACAAUAUAUUCAGGACCUUCUUAUUAGGGCUGACAUGCAAUAUUCAAAACCACUUAAUUCUCCCGUCUCUACUAGUUCUUCACUUUCUAGAUAUGAUGGUGAUUCUCUUUCUGAUCCCUUCUUAUACAGAAAUAUUGUGGGAGCUCUACAAUAUUUAACUCUCACUCGUCCUGAAUUAGCAUUUGCGGUCAAUCGUGCUUGUCAAUUCAUGCACGGUCCAACAUCCACCCAUUGGGUUGCGGUCAAACGUAUAUUACGAUAUCUUCGUCAUACUCCACACCAUGGGCUUGUCUUUCGUCCAUCGGCAUCCCUCACCCUUGAGGCCUAUUCUGAUGCUGAUUGGGCAGGUUGUCCUGAUGAUCGCCGAUCCUCUACAGGAUAUUGUAUAUUUCUUGGUAAUAACCUCGUCUCGUGGAACUCCAAAAAGAAGCAUGUUGUUGCUCGAUCAAGUAUUGAAUCUGAAUUUCAAGCCUUAGCUCAUGCCACUGCCGAACUUUGUUGGUUUCAAUCUCUUUUGAGUGAAUUACGAAUUUCAUCAAUCCAUCCACCGACUUUGUGGUGUGAUAAUAUCGGCGCAACAUUUCUCUCUGCAAAUCUAGUGUUUCACUCUCGUACAAAACAUAUUGAGAUUGAUUUACUCUUUGUUAGGGAGAAAGUGGCUAAAAAAUCUUUACUUAUUCAGUAUGUCCCGACUCAUGAUCAAAUUGCUGACAUAUUUACAAAAGUAUUGUAUCACAUCGGUUCAUUUUUCUCCGUGACAAGCUCACGUGAUAUUAGGAACAGGAAUGACGCUAUUGGCGCAACUAUCUUCGAUCAUGUGCCGCAGCAUUUGCGAUUUAUGUGCAAAGAUUUUAUCCAUCUCGAAUGUUUGAUCAUCGGAAGUAUUCAACACAAUGUUUUUGAAGUUCGACAUUUCUGCGGUGAUCGAGCUUUGGUUACAUUCGUGAAGAAGGUAUUGUUGUUAUUCGAUAUGGAAAGUGGUGGUUGUGUAGUUGAACUCGGUUUGGAACUAUUAAACUAG